AUGCCCUGCCAGAUGAGUCGUUGUGGGACAGGUCGAUGUGAUUGGGACAAGACGGUUCCUCAGAGAUGUGAAGGAGGAGAGCAACAUGAAACCCACCAAAGCUAUCUGAGGAAUUUUCUACGUAUGAUUUCAGAGGGCAAAAACCAAACUGAGUAUCGCCACAAUCAACCAAGAGAAAUAAUCAGAAUAUUUCUGGAGAGAACUAUGUGCCCACAAAGAAUUUAUGGGAUGCAGGAGGACUGUAAUCUGUUUGUUCUGGAGAAGGAAGCUUGCAUACUGAACUGCAACGGUGCUGGUGAAAACAGUUUACCUCAGCUAACUGCUGCCUUUCUUACCUUAGGGCUGCAAGGAGUUUGUUUGGCUGCAGCAUAUUUACCCUCUCCAGAAUUCCUUAUGAAAUAUAUUUUCAUGCCUCUCAAAAAUGAACUCCAUGUGACAGCAAUAAAUCAACUCCUGAGCAUGCUCCCGGCGGGAAAGAGUCGCAGCACCAAUAUCCAAGUUCAGCAUGGCAAAGCAAGGAGAGAUGCUGAGUAUCAGAACAUUCCAAUUACAACAAGGCCAAAGAAGGGAAAUGCCGCUGAUAGAUACCAGGAAGACACUGCUGACCGGCAGCAGGUUCUUGGUUUGCACAUACAUGAUGCUCAAGACUCUGUUAAAGAGGAAGAGGCUGGUAAAGCCCAUAUCUGGAAUAAUAAAUUCCAGAUAUGGAAGAUGUUGGUUGGUGGAAUUCAUGGAUUCUUUCUCACUGAAAAGGGAUUUGUUCUUCCGGUGACACCUCAUGAGCAUGAAGUUCUUCAUUUUAUGGAAGUGUUCCUGAUCAACCCUUUUCCUGCUGUUCUCAUGUUGCCCCUGAAUGUCAAGUCCCACAUGGCUGGAGAUUUUGUGGUACUGUUAAGUACAGGGCUUUUUUCAAAGACUGUCAUUUUAAUGAACUUCAUAAGUGCCCUGACAGCUUUCAUAGACCUGUAUAUCUGUCGUUCAAUAUCAGCAGAUCCUUCCAUUAAAAACUGGGUAUUUACUGUCACUGUGGGAAAAAAAUUGUAUUUUUCAUUAGUGGAAAUGAGUCUUCUUCCUGAAAUGACUCAUAUUCAGACACAGCGACCCUGGUUGAUGUUUCUUCUACAGAACCUUGAAUUGUCAUUAGGGUGGCUUUGCCUCUCACUACUGGCUAUAUAUAAAUAGAAGAUCAGAAUAUAA